AUGGCGUCACAAACAGUUUCCGAUUUUGCAUCGACCAUAAACUCUGUUGAAAAGGCUGAUUCCAUUGCUGAAAAAUAUAGCUUCCCCAUAAAUCUAGAAUAUCGAGCUCCCAUAGGUACUGAGAGGGCUAACACUCUACCAGAGGGGAAAAUCACUGUGUACGAGAGGUCGAUGUUUCUCGGACUACGGUUCCCCCUCCACCCUCUAUUUGGUAGGCUAGUGCAGUAUUAUAAGAUCCCGCUUGCUCGAUUUACUCCAAACCUAGUCACUGCUAUCCUUGGUUUUGUGAGGCUCUGUGAAAUAAAGAGGGUAGCUCCUCGAUUGUUGGUAUGGAGAUACUUUUUUAAGGUCUGUGUACCCUCGACCAAAUAUAAGGAUUGGUAUAACGUGAAGACAAAUGUUUCCUCAAAGGCAAAAUGCAUAAUAGAACUCUUCGACGGUGCCCCAUCGUGGAAGUCGAAUUAUUUGUUUGUUUUGGCUCCCGACGAUGUUUGUAUGGCCUGGGACUAUCGGAAAGCUCAUGAAAUGGGCGGUGUGGCAGAUGCCUGGUCCAAACACGAUAAGGCCAGAAUUGAGAGGUAUAGGGUGGACAUUGAUUCCUUGGAAUCUGUCGAGGACAUCCUAGGCUACACGGAAGUCAUGUCAUCAAGCAAAGAUACCGUUGAGUUGUUUGGUGACGCCAAGAUUUUUGAAAUUAAAAGUUCAGAUGAUGAGGGAUUGUCCAACAAGGUCGAGGAGCAAGUCCCGAUCGAGGUGGAAAGGGGAGAAGAUCCAUCGAAGGUUACCUCUCCCAUUAUUGAAGAAGUGGGGGCUCCAAUGCCCGAGGACCUGGUACCCGAGGCAGGUCCAGCGACGGAGCGGCAUCCGGAGUGGUUCAGGCCGCUUGAAGCCUCUCUCGAAAAGAAAAACGUCGAGGACACCGACGGUUCGUCGUCAUAUACUGUUGCCGCUGCCAUAUAUCAUUUUGGGGACAACAGGAUCGAGUGCCCCAUCAUCGAGGAGGUUGCGGCAACUUUGACAGAGGAGGAAUCACUGAAAAUGGUAAUAUUUUCUUCUCAAGUUAUGUCUUCUCGGAGACCUCACGAUGCCCCUGUUAACGUUUUGUGUUUGUUGCAGCUAACUAUGGCCAUGGCUAGCAUUCUCAUGCGUGAGAAGACGUUGAAACGGGACAUUGUUAGCCUCCAGGCUGAGAGAGGGUUCCUUGAACAGGAGAGGCAGUCGAGUGAAGCCUCGAGGAAGGGGGAGGAGGCUCUGAGACUGGCUAGGGAGCAAGAGCUGGACGGUGUUCAGGCCAUGUAUAAGGAGCUUGAGGCCAAGUUGUCUGAGUACAGGGAAACUCAUGUUCCCCGAUCCGAGUUACCGGCCUGUAUAAUGAAUUUUUGGGCGAGGAUGAUGUCCACGGAUGGGCUGGCGAGUAUACUGGUGGGCAUUAGUAAUGAGGCCAAGUUUAUAAGGCCGCAUCCCAAGAAGACACUUCAUGAAGCCCUCAAGAAAGGAGUGCAACAACUUUCCGACGGCCAACUUCCUCUAUUUGGGCCACUGUGUGGCGCUGUUCUUGAGAUGAAAUCCUCGACGGAGAUCUCAUCCUUCGAGGGGGAGGUUCUCACGGUGCUUCCUGAUGACGCCGGGGAAGAGGUGCGCGUGCCAGAAUUGGCUCCCGACUUCAUUGGCGUCGAGGUGGAAUGGGAAGAGGACUCUUCGGAGGGGCAAGCCGAGGACGAUGGACAAAGCAAUCCCGAACCAGAAGGAACGUCAGUCCCUCCUCCUGUCGAGGAAACCAACGAGAACCAGCCGACACAGUCGCAGGGCCAGAAGGAAGAAGAGGAGGUUGCUCAGUUUCCCUUGUAUGCGAUGAUUUCCUCAAUUCUGAGGAAAUCCGGGGACGUCUAUAAUACUAGCAAGGUGAAGUCUCUCGAGAAAGAACUUUCAGAUGCUUUUAACGCGCUGAAUCUACGGACACAUCACCGCUUGGUACAACGCUUCAAGCAGCAAGAGGAAGAGUGGAAGCGCCGACUUCACCAAUACGACUUGGACUUCCAUGCUUCUUUAUCCCUCGAAGCGAACAUUUACGAGGAGAUGGAAAAACUGAAGUCGGAAAACUCUCAACUGAGGAGGCGCGAGAAGAUCGUUAUUUCUCCAUGGUUUCUCGAAAAGCUCGACACACUUGCCUUGGUCGAGUCGCAGAUAAAGAUCCGUACUGAACGUUUUAUCGCCGCCAUCGACCUCCUGAAGAAAAGAACCAAGGAGGUGGAGUUCUAUUCGAAGCAAGCUGCCAUUCUGCAGAAUAUACUAGUGGACAACGAGAUUUCCUUGCCCAUUCUUGACGACCUUGAUCUGGAGGGCAAAGCUCGGGAGUGA